CACGCUCUCUCUUCUCUCUCUCUCUCGUUCGAUUUGGAUCAGAAAAAUUCUUCGAUCAUCAAAAUGGCGACCGCUUCAGACUCUCCGACACAGACGAUUCAGGAAGCGAUUCAUCAAGAAGAUGUGGUAAACGAAACUAAGGGGGAAGAGGAGGUCACGUACAAGACGAAAUCGAUUCAGUUCCUUGGACGAAACACGCCUAUCAUUCUCCAGAACGAGAAUGGACCUUGCCCUCUUUUAGCCAUCUGUAAUGUUCUUCUCUUGAGAAACAACUUGAAGCUUAAUCCUGACUGUUAUGAGGUUUCUCAAGAGAGAUUGAUGUCUCUUGUGGUUGACAGAUUGAUUGAUUCCAAUAGUAAAGUCAAUGACAAAGAAGAAGAAUAUAUCAAGAAUCAGCAACAGAACAUUGCUGAUGCUAUUGAUCUUCUUCCGCGUCUUACAACUGGAAUUGAUGUCAAUAUUAAAUUCAGGAGGAUUGAUGAUUUUGAGUUCACACCUGAGUGUGCAAUAUUUGACUUACUUGACAUUCCCUUAUAUCAUGGAUGGAUAGUUGAUCCCCAGGAUGUUGAAGCAGCUAAUGCACUUGGUAGCAAGUCAUAUAAUACUCUAAUGGGGGAGCUCGUUGCACUGGAAACGCAGAAUGUAGAGGAUGAAAAUGCCGGGGAGGAUUCUGUUGAUUUCGUUGCGGCAACCACAGCGGCACUAGGUGUUCCUUCGCCAUGCCUUUCGAAAACAAGUUCUUUUCAAGAUUCUCCACCUGCAGCUGUAGAGCUUCGUAAACUGAGAAAGGGAGAUCUUGAAGAAGAAACAGAGCUAUUGCAAGCCUUGCAGUUAUCACAGGGAAACGAUCCAGCACCAAACGCUCACGGAGACUCAGCCAAUCUAGACUCUGCGUUCACAUUUUCAGAUGCAAGCCCAACUAGCACCCAUGGUGACAGUAUCUGUCACCUGGAACAGUUCAAAUCUGAUGGUGAUAAAGCUAAAGGCGGGGAUCUUGACAAUGAUCAGCUAUCUCCUAAGAAAUCUGGAGAUGAGAUGGGCCCUGUUGUUGAAAGUGUUAACAGUAACGAAAAGGCUGUCGCUGAGUUAACUUCUUCUGGGGCGCUUUCAGUGGAAAAGACUGAUUUGGAGUCGACAAAAACUGAAUGUACUUCUGAGAGUCUACUCAAGUCUGAUGCAACUUCUGUUAAUCCAGAUCUCACUUGCAAAUCCCAGCAUGACGAUGUACCCGAUGCUUUAACUUCACCCAUAUCUAGUGAUGAACCCAUGUAUGAAGGUGAGGAAUGCGUGAACGCUGUGGCUCCACCAGUUUGUGCAGACAAAGAACCUGUUUACGAAGGUGAGUCACUUCUUGGGAAAAGGGAUGAGAAGAAUGUUGAUGAUUCUUCUUCUGAAGGUAAGGGGACGGAUGGGCUCACAGCAAAAGAAGGUGAAGUAAUCAGGAACUUCCUGAAGAAUAGUGCCAGUCAAUUAACCUUUUGUGGACUCUUUCGCUUGCAAGAAGGUCUUAAAGAACGUGAACUCUGUGUCUUUUUCCGCAACAAUCAUUUCUGCACCAUGUUCAAGUACGAAGGUGAACUUUAUCUUUUGGCUACAGAUCAAGGUUACCUGAAUCAGCCUGAUUUAGUAUGGGAAAAGCUUAAUGAGGUUAAUGGUGACACUGCGUUCAUGACUGCUACUUUCAAGGAGUUCAAGAUAGACAGCAGCACAACUGGUGCAAGUGGCACGUGGGAUGAACAAAACGCAGUCACAAAUACUGCUGAUUAUCUUGCGAGCAUUCCAGACACAGGCGUAGAAGUCAACUCUGAUCUACAACUGGCGAUAGCUUUGCAACAACAAGAGUUUGAGGACCAGAGCCCACGGAGUAACCCAACUCCACAACCACCAACAAGUGUUGGUGCUUCACGACUGAUCACUGGUCCUCAGGUACCAAGGAGCAGCCACAGGCCAUCAUCAGCUACAGCGUCAAGACAGGAAGGCAAAUCCCCUAAAGAUAAAGAUAGCAAAUGUAGAAUCAUGUAAAUCCUCAUCAUGUCGCUUUUGUAAAGUUCCAACCUAUUUUUCUUGCCUAACUUGUUUUUUUUCUUUCCUUUUAAAAACCUUUUCUGUCUUUUUCUUUAGCAUAAAAACGUUACAAACUGUAAUUGUGCUCUGCUAAAAAAAUACUAAUAAUUUGUUGCCAGAAAUCAAAUCUCAUUAAAGGCAA